CUUUUAAGUGUCCCGGAAGAGGGUGACUGUUGGGCCCGAGAAUUUACUUCGUCCAUGGGCCGAUGAAUUAAUUUAAUCAAGUAUAGGAGUUGGCCCAACUCUAGGAGAAAUUCAUUUGAGAGCUAUUUGAAUUAAUAAACACAAGGGAUAAGACUAAAAGACUAAGUGGAGCCUAAAGAAAAGGUCAAGACAGUUGCUCUCAGCAACAAAUUCGGUGCUAAUGGCAUGACUUGCGGAAAGGGAAAACUAUUUCUCAUUAAAUAGAUUAGAUCAUGGGCAUUGUAACUCACUUCUUUUCCACAUAAUACAUGCACGAUCAAUCCUAUCAAAGAGCUUUCAUUCUUUGUUUACAAAAGUUAGUGGAAUUAUACUAGUAAAAGGGAAAAUGGAAACUAAUAAUCCAACCUUUUAGCGGUCUUCUUUUGAUAGUCCCACCUUUUCGUUAUUCAUGAAUAAUCCAACCUUUGCACCUCAUCUUCAUUCACUGGUCCCUGACCGGUUGAUGACCUGCUAUUCCAAGUCAUUUUCUUAUCUUUGCAAAAUAUUAUCUUUGUGAAAGGUGGAAUUUAUGGUAUAAUAGUUUGCAGAGAUGAGAAAAUAACUCGGAAUAGCAUGUCAUCAACCGGUCGGGGACCAAUGAAUGAAGAUGAGGUGCAAAGGUUGGAUUAUUCAUGAAUAACGAAAAGGUCGGACUAUUAAAAGAAGACCGCUAAAAGUUAAAACAAUUGGCGCCGUCUGUGGGAAAAUCUUGCAAAAGAAGAAUCGAUCAUGGCCGGAAGUUCUAAUUCUUUGGUGACAGAAAUUCAAGCACAGCUAGAAGCUCUCAGGGAAGAAAUACGCAUGGCCGGAAAUUCUAAUCAUUCGGCGGCGGAGAUUCAAGCGCAACUAGGAUCUGUCAGGGAAGAAAUGCGGCAGCGGAUCACCCUCCUCCAACGAGAAAACGAUGCUCUACGAUCUCAAGUACAAUCGGUGACAUCCAUAGUAUCCAAUUCACGACGGGGAAAUGAUAUCAUGACCGUGGCAACAAGAUUGGACAUGGAUUCAGUUCCGGUUUCAACCCCAACCAUGAGCAUCCCGAUGCACUUCUUCCCAGAUUCAUUGCGAACCAGAACAGUGAUGUCACGUUUGCAUACAAUCAACCAACAGAUGCCAACUUCGACCAUCACGUCGGCUCCUAAGAAUCCUUUCGUCCCUCAUUCUGGAGCCGGCAUGCCGGGAAAAGCAGGGCCCUCGACUUGUUCCUUUCCAUUCCCAAAUCCUAGAAGGGACAUAUUAUGUAAUCUGUUCGAAGCGCCCCAGAGACGACGUGUUCCAAAUCAUGUCGACAUCCCCAGACAUGUCGACAUCCCCAGACAUGUCGACAUCAACAACCAGAGGCGGCAAGAGCCAGAGAUCAUCGAUAUACCAUCGUCAACCGAAUGAGGAGCAGCCCAAAUGACAACACCACCUGAAGUACCAGUUCCGCAGAUGCAGACAUACUUGACAGACUCUUUGGCCAUCCUCACAGAGGAGAUGAGAGAGAUGCGGGAGAAAAUCAGCGGCAUACCUGGAGUCCAGCCACCGCUAGAUGUUGCCUCACAAGCAUGCUAUGCGGACUCGCCUUUCGGACGACAUAUCAUUGAUGUCGAGCUUCCGAGGAAGUUCGCCGCCCCCUCGAUGAGACCGUUCGAUGGGACUUCUGAUCCGGCGGAACAUGUCGCUCAGUACAAGCAACAAAUGUUAGUCACCUCAGUCAGACUAGAUCAGCGAGAAGCUUGCAUGUGCAGGGCAUUUGGGACGACAUUGUCAGGACCGGCAUUGACGUGGUUCGUCAACCUACCAAAUGAAGGCAUCAAUUCAUUUGCGGAGCUGGUCAACUUAUUCAAUCGACAGUUUGCGAGCAGUCGAGCCUUGGAGAAGCAGACCAGUGAUCUUUAUCGGGUGGUCCAGAGGCGAAAUGAAUCCUUGCGAGAUUACUUGCAUCGCUUCAACAAGGAUAAGGUGUCAAUCCCUAGGUGUUAUGUGCCGACGACAAUUGAAGCAUUCAGACAAGGACUGCUGGAGGAUUCAGAGUUAUAUCGGGAGUUGACGAAAUACCCUAGUUGGUCCUUCGAAGAUGUCCAAGCAAAGGCACUAGCUUUCAUCCGUCUAGAAGAAGACUUACGAGCCCGUCACGGACAUAUUGAGCACGAAGGGGGGCACGGGAAAUCGGAAUCCCCCAGGAGGCACGACUGCAAGCAUGGAAGACCUUAUUCGAGACCAGACGAACGAGUUGUCACUUCUAUGACGAGGUAGAUUGGACGACAUGAUUGAAGUCGUCGGACAGGGGGCAUAUUGACUGCAAUCUGUCGACGGUAAGCAAGUACCGAGAAGCUGGAAUGCGGUACCCUUAAAACCCUUUCAUUUCUGAUUAAAUUAGUAUAGUCGAUAUACCUUUCUUUUACUUCCAUUACUAACUUGAGCGUCGGAGGGCCGUUGGCCCUAAGCCAACGGCCAAACUAAUCAUUGAACAGGUACUGACCGACGAUCUCAAGCUGAUCAAGCAUGACGGUAAAGUAAACAAGCAUGUCGUCACUAAGAAUCAAUCCAGCAACUGAACUCCCAUCAAUCCGUUUGCUCUCUACCACACUUUAAGCAAACUAUCUUAAAGUCUUGUUUUUAGUUUUCAUCAUAAACAUUGCUACAAGUCUCGCUGAUUCUUUCAAAGGUAUUUGUAUAAGUUAAAUAAGGCAGAUUUUAUAUAAGUAACAACAUGGAAAGUUGCUUUCCUUAAGUGAAGUUUUAUUCGAUUAACUCAUUAUUAUAACGGUUACUGAUUUAAGCAUCGGAGGGCCGUUGGCCAAACGCCAACGGCCGGACUUUGACGGAAUAUUUGUGUGCAGGAUGCUGACAGGGCAAAAGACAGCCAAAACCUUACGCGUAUAGCGACAACCGCUAACACAAACCCCGCAACAAGGGAUGGUGAGGCAAACUUGAGUCCUUCAUAUAUGAAAUAUGAGGCACGGACCGAGAAUCCCUACAAGUUUUGGCCAAAACUACACAAAACUACAGAAACACACAACAGAAGCAUAUGCUCCAAGAGCAUUACAACACAAACUCCAAAACACAAGGAGACAAUACAAACGGCAUUGACAUACAUCACAAAUAUUCAUGUCGACGAUAUUAUUAAAACCAUAAACGAAACAUUAUUCAAUUUUUUUGUAGGAUUUCAGUUACUUUCAUGCAACCCAACUCGUCAUCUCUAGCAACGGACGAAACUCCUUUGGCAACUGAAGUGUCGACGUCAACCUGAACGAAGUUUCAACUCGUCAGCAUUGCCUACUUACGAUCAUUAGCACAAAUUGGGAGGAAGAUGACAGGAGACCAGCCUUCGUUCUUCGUCACCUCACUCAAGGAGACAAAUUCGAUCUAAAAGCUACUUGCAAGGAAAGUGACAUAUUGAUAGAGACAUCUAGACAGGUUGACGACAUGUCUCACCAGACAGGUGACGAGUUGAAGAAAGCAUCUCACCCGACAAAUGACGGAUUGGUGGAAGCGUCUCAACAUACGGACAUACGAGUUGAUGGGCAAUGACGACAAGUUUAAGUUCUUUCAAAUUUCGACAAGUUGAUGCUUGACGGCUUGACGUGUUUGUCAUACGCUUCAACUUCUCGAAAGGGGGCAAUUGUUGGGCCCGAGAAUUUACUUCGUCCAUGGGCCGAUGAAUUAAUUUAAUCAAGUAUAGGAGUUGGCCCAACUCUAGGAGAAAUUCAUUUGAGAGCUAUUUGAAUUAAUAAACACAAGGGAUAAGACUAAAAGACUAAGUGGAGCCUAAAGAAAAGGUCAAGACAGUUGCUCUCAGCAACAAAUUCGGUGCUAAUGGCAUGACUUGCGGAAAGGGAAAACUAUUUCUCAUUAAAUAGAUUAGAUCAUGGGCAUUGUAACUCACUUCUUUUCCACAUAAUACAUGCACGAUCA